AUGGAUCCACUUGCUUCAAUUCUCUAUUCAUCAUCAUCAGCGGAUACAAAAAAACGCAAAAAUCGUUCACUACAACCGACAUUAAAACCAAUAUCAACGAAACAAUCUCGAUGUCAAGUUGGCAUGCUACUACGUUCGUCAACGCCGAAAACGCCUUUACAAUCACGGAAAACGACAAACAUAGCAGCUCAUCCGAUGACAUUGUCAACAUCUUCGUUGUCGACAACGAAUUCACCACAGAGUCCUCGUUGUUCAACACCCCUGUUUGCCAAACAACGUCGUACACGCCCAUUUAUUGUCUGUGAACUUUGUCGACAACGAGCAUUUCAAUCGUCAGAUUAUCAACGAAACAAAAAUCAAGAUAAUCAGAUUAAAAAAUCCAACGACAAUCAACAAACAUCUCAUCAUCAUUCAGCAACAUUACAUUAUUAUCAAUAUCAAACUAACACAAGUACUAUUCGUCGACGGCGGCGUUCAUCGAUCGAUCAACUACUUGUGUGGAUUAUAUAA